AUGGACUCCCAACUACAAAAGCAGCCGAUCGUUUUUGACAACGACGGCGGCGAAACAGAGGAGCAUCGCCAAUUACGUCGAGUAGCUUUCUUCUCAAUUGUUAUUUCUACAGCAGCAGUUAUAGCUUCAAUAGUUACAUUGCCAAUGCUUUAUAGCUAUGUUGCUUCCUUCCAAAGUCAUUUGGUUCAGGAGACUGACUUCUGUAAAAUACGUUCACGCGAUAUGUGGACAGAAAUGGCAGUGUUGAAUCAACCAGCACCGCCAACUGGAAGCCGUGGAAAGCGUCAAGCUGGAGGUUAUGGAGUUGUGAAUCCAGAACCAGCUACCUGCUGCCCUUGUCAGCAAGGCCCACCUGGACCGUCCGGUCCACCUGGAGAUAACGGAGAGCCUGGAUCUGAUGGAAAGGAUGGCCAAGAUGCUCAAGAUGGCCGUGAUGGUCAAGUACUUAGAAGUGCAAUACCUCGUGAACCCUGUAUCAUCUGUCCAGCAGGACCUCCCGGAUCACAAGGAGCCCCAGGCCAGAAAGGACCACGUGGACCCAAAGGUCAACCUGGAGAGCAAGGAAAGAAUGGAGAUAAAGGAACACCCGGUUUCCAAGGACCGCUUGGAUUGCAAGGACCUGGUGAGACUUUGAUUGAUGAUUAUUUUAUUUCAAAAUAUUUUUUAGUUGGCCCGCCCGGACCGCCGGGACCAGUCGGUACGCCUGGCCGAGUGAUUCAAGUCAAUGGCCCAGCCGGACAACAAGGACCAGCGGGACCACCUGGACCUCCAGGAAAGAAAGGAUCUCCUGGAAAGGAUGGCACUAAUGAAGCUGGAGGCCCUGGACCAAAGGGAGAUGACGGUCCUCCAGGACCACCAGGAGCACCAGGACCGCAAGGACCUCCUGGGCCUGGUGGACCUCCAGGAGAGCCAGGAACUUGUGACCAUUGUCCACAACCACGUACACCCCCAGGCUAUUGAGAAAAACAUUAGAGGAGAAAAUUGGCUGCUAAUUGGGAUAUGUGACAAAACAACAAAAGUGCCAAAAACACCCAGGCACGGCUGCGAUAAAUUAAACACAAGCAUCAUAACAUCGAUGCGAACCAUGAAAGGACCAGGACCACAACACACGCUUUGUCCAAACAUCG